ACUUUGUGUAUUCAUGUUCAGUUCAUUGGUUCCCUUUCCUUGCUUUCCCUGUCCAUCGAAGAAACAAAAGCAGAACCACACCAUUACUCCAAAAUCAACAGCCCCUUCUUCAUCGUGACCUCCACUGUCGUCCAACUCCAGCAGCCACCGCCCACCUGCCCUUGAAUUCUCUAUCUCAGUUUUAAGAUGGAUACGAGUUGGAUGUCUUUACCAAGAGCUACUACUGAAUAUGAAAACGGUAUUGACAAAUUUCUUGAUUUUAUCUUUUCUACCGAGGGUAAAAAUGGUCAAAUAUCAUGUCCAUGCAUUGAUUGCAGUAAUCAAAUAUGGGUUGAUCGGGAGGAGGCUAGAACGUAUCUCCAAUGUGUCGGGUUUAUUAAAGGCUACAGAAUUGCACCUUUUAUUUCCGAAUCAUGUGAAACUCCUAUGUUGGAUGCUGAAGAUGACAUGCAAGGGUUGGUGCAUGAUGCAUUCAACGGGUUUGGUGAGAACAUACAUGAAAAUGAAAUAGGGACACAAAAUGAAAGUCAAAGUAUGCCAAACACAAAUGCGAAAAAGUUUUAUAAAGCGUUAGAAGAUGCAAAGAAAGAACUAUAUCCUGGGUGUAAGAAGUUCUCAGUUCUUUCUUUUAUCAUUAGACUAUUUCAUAGUAAGUGUAUUGGGAAAUGUAAUGACAAGGGUUUCAGCAUGAUGCUUGAUACAUUGAGGGAAGCCUUCCCAUAUGCUUCCAUACCAAAGUCAUUGUAUGACCUAAGGAAGAUAAUAAGAGAAUUAGGACUUAGUUAUGAUAAAAUUGAUGCGUGUCCUAAUGAUUGUAUGUUGUACUGGAAAGAAAACAGUAAGAAAACAGAAUGUGAUAUAUGUCAUACGUCAAGCAAAUGAAAAUGAUCCAGAUGAUGAGUUAACCAUACCUGAUACGGAUAAGAAGAUUAAAAUCUUACGUCAAAAAUAGGAGUAAACCCGAGGGUUCCAUUGCAGAAGGAUAUUUAGCUGAAGAAUGUUUGUCAUUUUGUUCAUUGUACUUAUCAAGUGAUGUGGAGACCAUACAUAAUAAGACAAGUCGGAAUUAUGAUGAUGGUGGUUUCGAGGAUAUUUUACCUAUCUUUUCUAUGUUGGGUCGACCGAUUGGUGCUACAGUGGUAGAGAUACUUGACCUUGACAUUUUGGCUAAAGCACAUUCAUAUGUUUUAUUCAAUUGUAGUGAAGUUGAUGAAUUUCGAACAGAACAUCUGACGAAUGUUCGUCAUGAAAAUCGGAAAUUACGUGAGCGUGAGAUUCAGCGUUUACAUAGCGAGACUUUUGAGUCGUGGUUUCAAGAUCAUGUUGAGGAGCUGCAUACCAGAGGGGAUCAUAGAAUCACGGAAGAUUUAAGAAACUUGGCAAGUGGCCCAGCUGAGUUUGUGAAAAAAUACAAGGGAUUUAUCAUAAAUGGUUUCCGAUUUCACACAAAAGAUCUGGAACAGAAUAGGAAAACACAAAAUAGUGGAGUUAUGCUUGAGGCCAUGACUAAUAGUUUCUCAAAUGCUAAAGAUAACAAUCCUAUCGUGGGAGAUGUAACAUACUAUGGGGUUUUGAAUGAUAUCAUUGAGUUGGAAUAUGCUGUUGACAGGAAAGUAGUUUUGUUCCAUUGUGAUUGGAUCUCGAAUGGUUCAAGGAAAAAGCAAGAUGAGAAUGGGUUUACUCUACUCAAUUUUGAAGGUUUGAACCCUCAUAACGACCCUUUUAUACUAGCUUGUCAAGCACAACAAGUAUUUUAUGUUGCAGAUCGUGUUGACAAAGGAUGGAAAGUUGUGAUCAAGACAACGCCUAGAGAUUCUUAUGACAUGAAUGAACAAACAUGUCUUGAGAAUGUGGAAGCACAUUUGCAGAGUGACACAUCUACGGGUCCUCAACUUGAUGAAAAUAUGAAUAUUGAAUUGGUUAGAAGGGGUUUAAAUGGGACCGUUGUUGACAAAAAUACCUUAGUUUUUGACGGAGAUGAAGAUCUAUUUGAAGCUGCUUCAUGAUUUCAAUUAGUUAUUUAGUAAUAUGAUUUUUUUCAUCGUAUAUUCAGUACUUGUAUUUGAUUUUUUUUUCUACAUCGCUGAUAAUAAUUAUUUUUUCAUCG